AUGGUAUGAUUUUCAUUUUAUUUUCGAUACUUACUAACAAUGUACAAUGUUAAUGAUAACAAAAUAAAACUGGGUUUUAAAAAUAAUGCAUAUAAAUUUAAUGGAUGCGUAUAAAAUACUUCUUAGAUAAUAUUAUGAUUUUUAUGAAUAAUUAUAUAGGUGAUAUUGGUGACAAAUUUAUGAAAACUAACUUUUAACUUUUUUUAUUCAAACGAAAAGUAAAUUGUUAAGUUACUCUCAAAAAAAAAGUAAUUCGUUAAGUUGAAAGUUAUAAGAAAACUAAAAGUAACUUACAAACUAUAAUAAAGUAACUGAUUUUCGUAACUUUGUAACUGGUUACUACCUAUUUUUGGAAAUAGUAUUUAAUUGUAAUAUAAUCAAAUAUAAUCUCCGAAUAUUCAAAUAUUAUCUGUGAAAUAUUACCUAUUUACUAUAUUUUAAUUUGAAAAAUUGUUUUCUUCAGCGCGAAUGUAUUUCUGUACACGUUGGUCAAGCGGGAGUUCAAAUUGGAAAUUCCUGCUGGGAAUUAUAUUGUUUAGAACAUGGCAUUCAACCUGACGGUCACAUGCGAUCUGAAAAGGCUAACAAUGAUGACAGUUUCAACACUUUUUUUAGUGAAACCGGUGCUGGUAAACAUGUUCCCAGAGCUGUGUUUGUUGACUUGGAACCUACUGUUGUCGGUGAGUUGUAUUACGUUUUUCUUGUGUAAUUAUUUAUUGUAAUACAUUACUUAUUUUAUACAAUUCAGUAUUAUUUUAAGUAUAUAUUAGUUAAUUGUAUUUUAUUAUACAUUUAUUUUAAAAUCAUUGUUUUUUAAAUAGGAAUUUUGAACAUAGAUUUAAAUGAAGAGUAUUUUUUUAGAAAUGUUGAUACACAUAACAUAAUAUCAGUAUAUCAGUUUUAUUAUUUAUGAGUUAUAAUUAAAAUCUAGUUAAAAUUGAGUUAAAAUUUAGACUACUGGAUGUAAAUGAUGAUGGGGAAAAAUUAUUGUAUGAUUUAAAAACCUACUCCUACAGUCAAACGUUAAACGGUAAAACUGAUAUUUGUGCAUAUAAACAUUUUUAGAAAGAUAUUUUAUAUUCAAAAAGGGGGUGUCUGUUUAAAAAACAAAACUACAAAAGUAUGUAUUUAUCAUAUAAUAUUACUUAUUUAAGAUGCAUUGUGGAGUAGCUGUAUAAACUAAAAAUGGUUUUAAAAUAAAACAUAAAUGAUUCCACAAUGAUUAAUAAAAACUGAAAACAAAUUCAUAUAAAAUCUUCCGAGAAAAUUCCCGGUUAAUCAUAAAUAAAAUCACUGGGCUUACAACCGAACUUCGCUCUGAAUCGUAUUUAUCAUUGAGUACAGAUAUAAAUUAGAUAAUUGUGUGUAUCUAACUUUUCCAGCUUCCUGACUAUUUUGUUUAAUUCAUAUAUUUUUUGGAAUUCGUUUUUUAGACAACUUGAGAAACAAGCCGCUUUAAAAUAUAUGAUCGUUAUUUUUUUGAACGAGAAUUCUCUGUUAACGGUUUUGUAAGUGGGGUGAAAGCAGUAUGGAUCACUAUUUAAACGACGCACGCCUUGUCGUCACACAAAUGAUGCUCCAAUACUCCUCUUACCCACACAAUUUAAAAGUAAAAUACUCGUAUCUUGUCAAUAAGGAAACACCAACAUUUAUUCAAAAUAAUAUUUCAUCUAUUUACGGAACUUUUGAGUUCUACAUAUAACCUAACUGAGUUGCUAUUUGAAAAUCAAAAGUGGUAAGUGGUUCAAUUCCUAAAAAUAAAGAUGACGAAAAAUGUAAAAUUUUAGAGUUGCAUGUUUCUUAAAUUUAAAAAAAAAAAUAAAUACAUUUUUAAAAAAGUUUAUACUUUCUGAAAUGACGAUUGUUUUACGUUAUGUUAACCACCCUGUGUAAUAUAUUUUAGUUUUUACUAAAUAAUAAUAAUAAUAAUAUAAAUAGGUAGAUAAUUAAUUUGGUUCUAAAACAUUGUGUUAUAUUUAUAGAUGAAGUACGUACAGGCAUAUACAAACAACUUUUUCAUCCAGAACAAUUAAUAACUGGUAAAGAAGAUGCAGCCAACAAUUAUGCUCGUGGUCAUUAUACUAUUGGCAAAGAAAUUAUUGAUGUUGUACUAGACCGCGUUCGAAAGCUUUCCGAUCAAUGUUCUGGUCUCCAAGGGUUUUUAAUUUUUCAUUCAUUUGGUGGUGGAACUGGUUCUGGUUUCGCAUCAUUACUAAUGGAACGUUUAAGUGUAGAUUAUGGGAAGAAAAGUAAACUUGAGUUUGCUAUUUAUCCGGCACCACAAGUAAGCUUUCUAAAAAAAGUAAAACACCUAGUAAUAUUGAUUUUAUAAUAUAUUCUAUUAUUCUAUAAUGUACUGCAGUGAUUCUCAAUCCAUAGGCCGUGACUCACUUAUGGGCCGCUGGCAACAUGAUACUGAGCUGCGGACGCUUUUUGAGGGUCUAAGAAAAUAAAAUAAAGGUUAAGAGUGAUUUAAUGCUAAAACUAUCGCGUUUUAAUCCUGAUAUUCCCUCACAAACAAUAUAAAAAAUCGCAUUGAAUUUAUUUAACUUUUACCAUUAGGUUUUUAAUUAAAUACAAUAAAUUUCUUUUCUUUAUACAAAAUUAUUUUUAAUCUUUCUGGUACAGUAUAUUUUCCUAAAUACUGACAUAUUUACACAUUAUAUAUACAUUUAUUUAUUCGUCAUAUACGUAUAUAGGUGUCUAUAUUUGUGCGGUUUAUUUUAUUAUCUAUAUAUUAAGUUAGUAUCUAGGUUUCAACGUUUUUUUUUUUACAAAAUUGGUGGUUUACACAACCGAAUAGAUUAGAAACCGCUGUUACAUAGUAUAUUUUAAAAUCAAUGCUAGUAUUGCUAGUAGGUAAUUAUUAAUUAUUAUUAAUUUAAACAAUUUUCUGUUUAGGUGUCCACAGCGGUAGUUGAGCCGUAUAAUUCUAUUUUAACUACUCAUACGACUCUUGAACACUCUGAUUGUGCUUUCAUGGUAGAUAACGAAGCGAUAUUUGAUAUUUGUCGCCGUAAUUUGGAUAUUGAUCGGCCAUCUUACACAAAUUUAAAUCGUCUCAUCGGCCAGAUAGUGUCUUCAAUCACAGCUUCGUUGCGGUUCGACGGUGCUUUAAAUGUUGAUUUGACCGAAUUUCAGACCAAUUUGGUGCCGUAUCCACGAAUACAUUUCCCUUUAGUCACAUACGCACCGGUUAUAUCAGCCGAAAAAGCCUAUCACGAACAAAUGGCUGUUGGUGAAAUUACUAAUGCUUGUUUUGAACCAGCUAAUCAAAUGGUCAAGUGUGAUCCUCGUCAGGGUAAAUACAUGGCUUGUUGUAUGCUGUAUAGAGGUGAUGUGGUGCCAAAAGACGUGAACGCUGCUAUUGCCGCGAUAAAAACUAAACGCUCUAUACAGUUUGUGGAUUGGUGUCCAACCGGGUUUAAAGUAGGCAUCAAUUAUCAGCCACCAACAGUUGUGCCGGGAGGUGAUUUAGCUAAGGUACAACGUGCUGUUUGUAUGCUGUCAAAUACUACGGCUAUUGCCGAAGCGUGGGCUCGUUUGGAUCGUAAGUUUGACUUGAUGUAUGCUAAGCGAGCAUUCGUUCAUUGGUAUGUGGGAGAAGGGAUGGAAGAGGGUGAAUUCUCAGAAGCUAGAGAAGAUUUAGCGGCUUUAGAAAAAGAUUACGAAGAAGUGGGUUUGGACUCAGUCGAGGGAAAUGUAGAAGAGGAAGAAUUUUAA